GCGGCCGUUCGAACUCGCCACCGCUCGGGGGUUCGCCGUUCCCACGCGUGUUGUCUGAUGCUUCCACGCCCGGGGCUAGGAGGCGGUCCAGGGCUUCCAGGCGCUGGCGAGAGCGCGGCAUGCGCCAUCGUCAGCUGGAUCUUGUGCCCAAGCUCCGACUUGGGUGAAAUGGAAUCUAGUUCAUCAAACUUCUGUAACAAAGAUAAUGAAGAAGAAAGUUUGCUUGCAAAUGUUGCUUCCUUAAGACAUGAACUGAAGAGAACAGAAUGGAGUUUGCAGAAUGUAGGAGAAGAGUUAUACAGUGGUAGUCCAAGUGAAAAUUCCGAUUAUGCCUCCAAUCUGUCAAGGGGUGAAAGGUUCCUUCUGGAAGAUCUUUCUCAACCUAGCCACCUUGGACUUUUGAACUUCUCAUCUUAUAAAAAAAUCUGUAAAGUGAACAAUAAUAAUACUGAUUUUCAAAAAAAGACAAGCAAUAAGAUGCCUUAUUCAUCUUCCUCCAUGGAUCAAGAGAUCAAAAGUCUUCGAGAGAAACUUAAUAAACUUAGGCAACAGAAUGCAUGUUUGGUUUCACAGAAUCAUUCUUUAAUGACUAAAUUAGAAUCUGCUCACUUUGAGUUAACACAGUCAAGAGCAAAAAUUUCUGUGCUUGAAUCUGCUCAACAACAGGCAGCCAAUGUGCCAAUCUUAGAAGAACAUAUUAUAAAUUUGGAAGCAGAAGUUUCAGCUCAAGAUAAAGUUUUGAGAGAGGCAGAAGAUAAAUUAGAGCAGAGCCAGAAAAUGGUGAUUGAAAAAGAAAAGAGUUUGCAGAAAUCCCAAGAGGAAUGCAUAAAGUUGAAGGUGGACUUACUUGAACAAAGUAAACAAGGAAAAAGAGCUGAACGACAAAGAAAUGAGGCACUGUAUAAUGCUGAAGAGCUGAGUAAAGCUUUCCAGCAUUACAAAGAAAAAAUCGCUGAAAAACUGGAAAAGGUGCAAGCUGAAGAAGAAAUGCUAGAGAAAAGUCUAAGUAACUGUGAAAAAGAAAACAAAAUACUGCAGGAGAAGUGUGGUCAGUAUAAAACUGAACUUGACAUUCUGAAAGAUAAAUUAAGGCAGUUAAAAGAAGAUAAUAACAAUGGAAAAGAAAAAUUAAGAAUCAUGGCAGUGAAAAACUCAGAAGUCAUGGCACAGCUAACUGAAUCCAAACAAAAUAUUCUGAAACUGGAGGGUGAACUAGAGGACAAAGAGAGCCUACUCAGAGAAAAACUUUCUCUAAUGAAUGAGAACCGAGAAUUAAAGGCCCGUCUUGCGACACAGAAUGAGCGGCUGGAUUUGUGUCAGGAAGAAAUAGAAAGUUCAAGGGUGGAACUAAAAAGUUUGGAAAAAAUUAUGUCCCAGUUGCCAUUAAAAGGAGAAAUAUUUGGUUUUAAGUCAUCUCUUUCUAAGCACCAGAUGAGGAAUGUAUCAGACAUGGAAGAAAGUUAUGUUGACUGCUGUGAGAACAAUAAAAUGGUGAUUUCGGAAUUGAGGAUUAAACUUGCAAUCAAAGAAGCAGAAAUUCAAAAACUUCAAGCAAAUUUGACUGUGAAUCAGUUAUCUCAAAGCAUUGCUGCUUGUAAAGACAACCAAGAAAGUGACAAAUUAAAUAUUUUAGAAGCGGAGCCUAUAAAAAUAGGAAGUAACCAAUUAGCAGAAACUAUAAAAAAUAAAAACCAGUGUACCAUGACCAAGCAAUAUGAAAAGGAAAGGCAGAAACUUGCUUUGGGAAUAGAAGAACUCCGUGCUAAGCUGAUGCAGAUAGAAGCUGAGAAUUCUGAUCUGAAGGUUAACAUGGCUCACAGAACAAGUCAGUUUCAGCUCAUCCAAGAGGAAUUGCUAGAGAAAGCUUCAAACUCGAGCAAACUUGAAAGUGAAAUGACAAAGAAAUGUUCUCAGCUUUUAACUAUGGAGAAACAGCUGGAAGAAAAGAUAGUUGCUUAUUCCUCUAUUGCUGCAAAAAAUGCCGAGCUGGAGCAGGAGCUUAUGGAAAAGAAUGAAAAGAUAAGAAGUCUAGAGACAAAUAUCAAUACAGAGCAUGAGAAAAUUUGUUUAGCUUUUGAGAAAGCAAAGAAAAUUCAUCUUGAACAGCAUAAAGAAAUGGAGAAACAGAUUGAAAGGCUUGAAUCCCAACUAGUGAAAAAAGACCAACAAUUUAAAGAACAAGAAAAGACAAUGUCCAUCUUGCAACAAGAGAUAAUAUGUAAACAGCAUCAUCUUGAAUCACUAGACAGACUCUUGACCGAAAGCAGAGGGGAAAUGGAAAAGGAAAAUAUGAAGAAAGAUGAAGCCUUGAAAGCAUUACAGAAUCAAGUAUCUGAAGAAACAAUAAAGGUUAGACAACUAGAUUCAGCAUUGGAAAUUUGUAAGGAAGAACUUGCCUUGCACUUGAGUCAACUGGAAGGAAAUAAGGAAAACUUUGAAAAACAGCUAAAGAAAAAAUCUGAAGAGGUGUACUGUUUGCAGAAAGAGCUAAAGAUUAAAAGCCACAGUGUUGAAGAGACCUUGGAACAGAACGCCCUCCUGCAGCACACGCUACAGCAGCAGCAGCAGAUGCUACAGCAGGAGACCAUCAGGAAUGGGGAGCUGGAAGACAUGCAGAUCAAACUUGAAAAGCAGGUUUCAAAACUGGAACAAGACCUUCAAAAGCAAAAAGAAAUUUCAAGUGAAAAAUUGCGAAAAAUGGAGGAGAAAUGUGAUGCAGCCACACAUGAAGCAGAUUUGAAAAGGCAAAAAAUUGCUGAGCUCACGGGUACAGCCAGGCAAGUAAAACUUGAGCUGGAUCAGUACAAAGAAGAGCUGUGUAAAAUGGAAAAAGAAAUUAUGCAUCUAAAACGAGAUGGAGAAAAUAAAACAAUGCGUCUUAAUCAAUUAGACAUACUCUUAGAACAGACAAAGACAGAACUCGAUAAGAAAACAAAUGCUGUGAAGGAGUUGGAAAAGUUGCAUAGCCACACUGAGACUGAGCUUGCAGAAGCCGUGCAGAAGAGGGAAGCACUGGAGACUGAGCUACAGAAUGCACACGGAGAGUUAAAAAGCACUUUGCGACAGCUUCAGGAACUGAGGGACGUGCUCCAGAAGGCUCAGAUAGCCUUGGAGGAGAAAUACUGUACUAUAAAAGACCUCACAACUGAGCUUAGGGCAUGCAAGAUGGAGAUUGAAGACAAAAAGCAGGAGCUCCUUGAAAUGGAUCAGUCGCUUAAGGAGAGAAAUUGGGAACUAAAGCAAAGAGCUGCUCAAGUCACACAUUUGGAUAUGACUAUUCGUGAGCACAGAGGAGAAAUGGAGCAGAAAAUAAUUAAAUUGGAGGGUACUCUGGAAAAAUCAGACUUGGAACUUAAAGAAUGUAACAAACAGAUAGAAACUUUGAGUGAUAAAUUACAAAGUGCCAAAGAACAGCUUCGAGAAAAAGAGUUUAGAGCACUACAAAAUGACCAAGAGAUAAGCCAACUGAAAAAAGAAACUGAACGAACACAACAGAAGAUGAAAGAAAUGGAAAAUGUUGUGAAAGAGCAGGAACAAUAUAUUGCAACUCAGUACCAGGAGACCAUAGAUUUGAAACAAGAACUGAGGCUAACUGCAGAGAAAAUACAGACAUCUCAUGCAGAAUUGCUCGAGGCUCGUCGUCAACAAGUCCAAGCCCAGAGAGAAGUAGAAAGGCUCUCCCAGGAGCUGGAGGACAUAAAGCAGCUCUCAAAAGAGAAAGAAGCUCGUGGACAUCAUUUAGCUGAAGAACUGGGGGCUUCUCAAGUUCGUGAAGCACAUUUAGAAGCAAGAAUGCAAGCAGAAAUUAAGAAAUUGUUAACGGAAGUAGAAUCUCUCAAAGAAGCUUAUCACAUGGAGAUGGUUUCACAUCAAGAGAACCAUGCAAAAUGGAAGAUUUCUGCUGACUCUCAGAAGACUUCUGUUCAGCAACUCAACGAACAGUUAGAGAAGGCAAAACUGGAAUUAGAAGAAGCGCAAGACACUGUAAGCAAUUUACACCAACAGGUCCAAGACAGAAAUGUAGUGAUUGAAGCUACAAAUGAAGCAUUGCUUAUUAAAGAAUCAGAAUUAACCAGAUUGCAAGCCAAAAUGUCAGGACAUCAAAGGACAGCCUCACUGACAUCCCCAACAGAAAUCAUGCCUGAUGUUCAGAAUGCAACAGUUGCUAAGUAUCAUCAGACACCUUUCUUAAAAUGUAGAAAACUGCGUCGCUCUAGUAGUGCCAAUGACCUAAGUUCCAAAUCUCAUAAUAAUGAAGAUCUUUCUGAAGAAUUACUACAGGAUUUAAGAAAAAUGCAUUUAGAGCAACCUUCAACGGUAGAAGAAAGCCACAGGGAGCUAAUUUACACCCAUCCAGACUCAUUCAAGCCUCUCACGUAUGAUUUAGAAGAUGAUGUUUCUGAGAACAAUGACUUCAAUACUCUUAGUGGAAUGCUCAGAUACAUAAACAAAGAAGUGAGACUGUUAAAAAAAUCUUCUCUGCAAACAGGUCUAACUCAGGGAGAAAAUUUAUAAACGGAAGAAGUUGGUGUGGUGAAAAAUUGAAUUUUUGGGUCUUAAUUGGGUCUGUGGCCUGGUGCUAUAUUUUCUACUCCCUCCAAUGACAUAACUUCUCUUGGAAGAAGCCAAGCAGAGAUGAAGCGCGCACACCACUUCCAGCCCUGCAGCUAGAAUCCUGUAUCGGUGCCCGUCUCCUGGGGUCUCUCCCCAGAGCUGGAGUUGCCUGCAGCCUAACUUCUCCCGAGCCACUGGGGAGAGCAUCAGAGGGGGUGGUGGGCAAACAAAAUUGCAGGUACCUGGGCGCCUAAAGGACCUGAACAUUCUUCUUUGACUCUUU